AUGGGAAAAAUUAUAAUCGAAUACCUGGAAGGCAAGAAAAUAUACGCUUGUAAACGAUGCAAUGUUCAUCUUUCAAACCAAGAUUACUUAACUUCUAAAGUAAUACCAUGAGAUAGGUUUUAGCAAUUCACAGGAAAGUCAGGAACAGCAUUUCUAUUUGAGAAAGGGUAAGAACUAACAAUAUUAAAGUGUGAACUAUUAGACAGGGAAACCAGAAGAGAAAAUGUUAAGAACUGGUUUACACACCACAUAAGAAAUAAAGUGCAUUAAAUGUUCAAACUACCUUGGAUGGAAAUAUGUAAGCUCAUGAAUUACUAUAUUAAAAGCUUCAUGCUUAUGAGCAAUCUGAGAAAUACAAAGAAGGUAAAAUCAUCCUAGAAACACUAUUUCUAACUAAAAUUAAAUGGUAUUGA